AUGUCCCUCAACGACCUUCCCAACGAACUGAUCUACUUGAUCGCAAACAACCUCGAAUAUGUCAGCAAUGUCAACGCCUUAGCACAGACUUCUCGUCGCUUUUAUUAUCUUCUGGACGAGACACUUUACGGAAAACCACCAUGGUCGAUUUACGGCCCCGCAUUACAAUGGGCGGCUGAGCGGGGAGACGUAUCAAAAGCACGCCGUUUACUGGAGCAUGGUGCUCAUCCUGAUCUCUUGAACGACAUUGAAGUGAAUGGACUUCAGACUAUCGCAGUCCUUGAUGAGAGAUACGCACCAAAAGAUUUCGAAAAAAGAUCUCCUCUAUCCACAGCUGCUCUACAUGGUCAUGUUGAAGUAGCAAACCUCCUCAUCGAAAAAGGCGCUGACUUAGAGCGCCGCGAUCUAUCAGCAAAAUGGACACCUCUCACAUGGGCCAUAGAAGGUCAACACAUUUCAAUGGUGGAGAACUUAAUAUAUCAUGGUGCCAAGGCAAAUAUCGAAUCAAUAAGCCUCGCUAUCGAGAAGAAAAAUGUCGAACUUGCGAGGUUAUUAUUAGAAGCCAACCCUGAACUUCUUCACGGUGAACCUUACCCUCGAACAACUCUCUUGACCAAAGCUUCGGAGGAAAAUGGAAAUCUUGAAAUGAUCAAGUUUCUGAUCGCUCAAGGUUUGAGCCCAAUAACUGGUGAUCGUCUUCAAUUCAGUACCAUUUCUCAGGCUGCAUGCUGUGGCGACUUGGAAGUGAUUCAGUAUAUUCUCAGUCAGGGUUUCACCCCAGAUGUCUUUGCACAAACUCAAGAUGAUAUGAGGCUAUGGCCUAUUCAAUGGGCUGCAAUCGCUGGACAUGCAGAGGUUGUCAAGUUCUUAUUAGAGCGUAUUGAUGCGAAGGGAAGGGACUAUGUUUCUUAUCUUCGACUUCUGGCAUCCGCAGCUGCCGUUGGUCUCGAAGAGUCUGUUCAGGAGCUCAUUGAGAUUGGUGGCUACAACAGGACUAAGCUAAAUGGCAAAAAUCUUCCUAUUCACGCGUGCUUCCAUCCUCUGGAUAUUGCUGUCCAAAGAGGCCACACAGGCGUUGUACGCAUUCUCCUUGACCAUGGCGCUGAUGCUACCAUGGGCGACCAAGGAAGACGGAAUACACCUCUUUUUGUGGCCAUAAAGAAAGGUCACCUGGAUGUGGUCAGAGUUCUUCUGGACAGAGGAGCAAAUGUCCCCAAAGUUGAGCAGUACCAAGAUGAGUCACUGUUGGCACACGCGCAACCAUUUCCAGCCAUCUUCAAACUAUUACUCGAACGAGGCGCAAACGCCCAUCACAGUGCAUGGAAUCCCAAUGAGCUCAGUAUUCCCAUGAUGGCAGCGAUGCAAGGAGGAAAUAUGACUCAGAUUGAUAUGCUGCGGAAACAUGGCGUUCACCUCCAGCCUGGAAUUUGUCCCGACUCUUUACUCAGGGCAGUUCAGGGAGGCCUACCCAUGAUGAAGUUAUGGGCCGAACGCUACAGAUUACCCCGAGGAGGACGACUCAAGGCCGAGACUACCAGUGCCGCCUUCCAUCUAGCUAUCUCCCUGGGAGAUCAUGAAGUUGUUCAGUACUUCUUUGAACUGGGAUACAAACUCAGUAUUGAAGAUCGACACCAACUUCCAGCUAUCAUAGGUCGAAUGAAGAGUCUCGAUGCCCUUCCAGGAGUCCUACAAGUGCUUAGCAAGCACGGUCUGGAUUUAGAAAGACUAUCUGGUAGCUGGAUAGCGAUCUCCAAUGACACUGAUUCCAAAUUACGAGUGCUUCAAUUCCUUCUCGAUAAGGGAGUGGAUCCCCUUCCUAUGAGUGUAUGGGGAUAUGAUACACUUCAGUGGGCAAUUCAUUGCCAUCUCGAACACAUCUUCCUUCCUGUCCUCUUAAAAGCAGUCAGGUCUCGGGCUACCAUUCUCGACGAGAUUCAUCAGAAUCUGGGCCGCGUUGAAAAGGACUUUGGUCUACGACAAAGCCCGGUUGCUGUGAGGUUAUGGCGGAACUUCUAUUGGCGAAGCAAGUACCCUGUUCCUGUCUAG